AUGUUAUGUACCAAGUACAUGUCCGGCACGUUGCUCGAAAUCAUCCAGUGCUCGCCGUCAGAGAAGAUCCAGAAUCAAGUAUACGUCGGCGCCCUCAUCAACCUCGUUCUCGACAUCGGCAUCCUAGCCCUGCUGCGGUGGAUUAUCCAGAGGCCGCAGAUGGCGACGACCAAGAAGCUCAGCGUGUCAUUUCUGUUUGGGAUAGGAGUCUUGCCAAUGAACUUCAUGGCUCCGGGUCUAAGUCUUUACUUGCUGGCGCUUCCUCCUUCAUAUGGCGCCACUGCCUGCGGGCUCGCCCAUCUCGUAUCGCUGGUAGAAAUCCUUCAUGACGCUGACGCAGUCUACUACACGAUCGACGUCGGCCGCUAG